GGGGGUUUUUUUUGUUUUGUUUGUUUGUUUUUUUGUUUUUUUUUUUUUUUUUUGUUUUUUUGUUUUUUUUGGUUAGUUAUAACAUAUUUAAACCCUGUUAUAUAUAAUCAUGUAAGCAAGUUUUCUCUAUAUUGUUUGUUGGAUUAUGUAUUAUACGACUUGAGCAGUUUUACCUGCUGUGGGCGUGUCGAAGUGUUAGUGGGCGGGGAUUUCGCUGACGCGUAAUGAGAUCUAUUAUUCGCAGUACUCAAGUCCAGCGCUGAGCAGCUGAUUUGCGCUUCUCCACUAUACGUCACAUCACAUAAAUAAAGAGGAGUGAGACAGACUUACAGUUCUGGCCCUGCAGAUGUGUAGUUGAAUAGUGUGUUUUGUCUCUGUAGUGUUCAUUAUCAAAGAUAACGGUAUUCUGACAUGGGAGAUCCCCAGAACAGAAGUAAGCUCGUUUCCUACUGCGUGGGUUGUGGGCAUCAGAUCCUGGAUCGCUUCAUUCUGCGGGUUUUCCCUGAUCUGGAGUGGCACGCGCAGUGUCUGAAGUGCGCGGAGUGCCAGCAGUAUCUGGAUGAGUCCUGCACCUGCUUCAUCAGAGACGGAAAAACCUUCUGCAAAGACCACUAUAGCAGAUUGUGCACCAAUAAAUGUGCAAAAUGCCACAAAGCCUUCAUCAGCAAGGAGUAUGUCAUGCGAACACGAGUGAAUAUUUAUCACAUCCAGUGUUUUCGGUGUGAGGGCUGCAGUCGUCCAUUACUCCCUGGAGAUGAGUACAUUCUGCGGGACGGUCACCCGCUCUGUACAGACCACCAUGAGCUUUUUAAUAAAUUCAUGGGUACUUCAGACCAACAGAAGGAGACUGUUGAUCCAUCCAAGGGUUUCAAAUCCUUGACGUCCUGGUCAUCAAUGCAGAAGAGGUCAGAGAGAUCCACGCGCGUGAGGACGGUGCUCAGCGAGUCCCAGCUCCACAUGCUGCAGACCUGCUACAGCGCCAAUCCCAGACCGGACGCCCUCAUGAAAGAGCAGCUGGUGGAAAUGACGGGCCUUAGUCCUCGGGUCAUCCGCGUCUGGUUCCAGAACAAGCGAUGCAAAGAUAAGAAAAGAGGUCUGAUAAUGAGAAACACACAGAAGCAGCUUGAAGAAUGUCUGAAGGUUUCAGAGGAGCCGCUGCUUCUGGCCAGUCCAGAGAGGCAGGACAGCGACGUGCUUAUAAACCCACCAUGGAAACUACUGACUGACUUUAUCCUGCAAAAAGAACACAGAUCAUAUCAGCAACUGUUUUCUUUAUCAAAGGAAGGUCCCUGUUCCGCUGGAAGUGAAGUUGUGUCAAUAUCAGAGUUAACAGACACACCCAGCAGCCUGACAGAAAGUCCUGCAGACAUCAGUGAGUAAACAGAGUUUGUUGCUGUGAACUCUCUGUUCCACCACUGAAACAGCCAAUGCUUAACAGUUAACUGUGAAAAUGAUGAUGGUCUUCUUUAAAUACACUACCAUUCAAAAGUUUGGGGUCUGUAAAAAAAUUUUUUUUUUUUUUUUGAAAAAAGUAUUUUUUAGUCACAAAGGCUCCAUUAAAGGAGAAAUCCACUUCCAAAACAAAGAUUCACAUAUAAUGUACUCACCACCUUGUCAUCCAAGAUGUUCAUGUCUUUCUUUCUUCAGUCGUAAUGAAAUGAAAAUUGUUUUUUGAGGAAAACAUUUUCUCUAAAUAGUGGACUGAUAUGGUGCCCCGAGUUUGAACUUCCAAAAUACAGUUUAAAUGCGGCUUCAAAUGAUCCCAAAUGCGGUUGUAAACGAUCCCAGCCGAGGAAGAAGGGUCUUAUCUAUCACAUGAUCCUUCAGAAAUCAUUCUAAUAUGAUGAUGGCAAAUCUCAAGCUCAAAAUCUCAAAAAAAUCAUACAUUUGUUUUCAGGAUUCUUUGAUGAAUAGAAUGUUUAAAAGAACAGCAUUUAUUUGAAACAGAAAUCUUUUAAAAGAUUCUAAAUGUCUUUAAUGUCACUUUUGAUCAAUUUCAUGUGUCUUUGCUGAAAAAAAAAAAAAUUACAUUUCUGUCACAAACAUAUUACUAAUCCAAAAACUUUUGAAUGGUGGUAUAUGUUGAAUAAUAGUACACUGUAAAACAUUUUC